AUGGCAAGCAAAUUGGUAGUGUUGGCUCUUACAGCCGUAAUUGCUACAACAAUGGCUCAAUACGGAGGGAAUGAAGGAGGUUUUGGAGGAGGUUAUCCUGUGGGUGGCCAUGGAUCACACGGUGGUGGACAAGGUGGAUUUGGAGGAGGUGUUCCCGUAGGAGGACACGGACAUGGUGGUAGUGAACAUGGCGGAUUUGGAGGCGGUAUCCCCGUGGGAGGUCACAGACAAGGUGGUGACCAACACGGUGGAUUUGGAGGAGGUGUUCCCGUAGGAGGACACGGACAUGGUGGUAGUGAACAUGGUGGAUUCGGAGGCGGUAUCCCUGUGGGAGGCCACGGACAAGGUAGUGGUCAACACGGUGGCUUUGGAGGAGGUGUUCCUGUAGGAGGACAUGGACAUAGCCACGGAGGUUUUGGCGGUGGCCAUGGUGGAUACGGAGGACAUGGAGGACAUGGAGGACAUGGAGGAUUCAACUAA